AUGAAACGUCCAGUUAGUAAUUCCAUAGUGUUAACAACAACUGAGGAAAAGAUUCGUAAUGUUUUGGUUGGUUACUGUGAUUAUUACAACAAGACUAAUAAUGAUUCACUUGAAUUGAGAAUUACCGGAGGCUGGGUUAGAGAUAAGUUGUUGGGCAAUGAAAGUCACGAUAUUGACAUAGCUGUAAAUCAUCUAACUGGUGAGGAGUUUGUCAAUGGACUUCACGACUAUCUACGUCAGCAUGAACCAGAAUUAUCAAUGAAUCAUGUUCACACCAUCAAAAUGAACCCCGAAAAAUCCAAACAUUUGGAAACAUGCACUACAAAGUUAUUUGGAGUAGACAUUGACUUUGUUAAUUUAAGAUCAGAAGAAUAUACCCAUGAUAGCAGGGUGCCAUCUAUUGAGUUUGGAACUCCGGAACAAGAUGCUGUUCGUAGAGAUGCCACAUUGAAUGCAUUAUUUUACAAUUUGAACCAAGGAGAAAUCGAGGAUUACACGAAACGAGGCUUAUCUGACUUGCAAAAUGGUAUAUUGAAAACUCCAUUGGCUCCUAUCAAGACAUUUUUGGAUGAUCCAUUGAGAAUUAUUAGAUUGAUAAGAUUUGCCAGUAAGUUCAAUUUUGUUGUUGAAUCAGAAACCUUGAAUGCAAUGAAAGAAGAACACAAUAAGUCGGCAUUACUGACUAAAAUAAGUAAAGAAAGAAUUGAAAUUGAAUUGAGAAAAAUUUUAACCAGUAACAAUCCCGGUUAUGGAUUACAGUUGAUAAACUACGUUGAUUUGGCAAGUAGUAUAUUCUAUGUUCCUGAGUUAGCAAAAGAGUUUGAUAAUGAAUCAUUGGAGGAAGCACGUUCCCAACUUGCUUGUCACAUGGAAAUUGCCAGUUUAAUCUACCCAAAUUUCAAGCAAACUAUCAAUAAUUCAACUGAGAAAUUUAAGAAUGAGUUUGCCGCGUUAAUGACCAAUGAUGACUAUAAAAAUGUUUUCUGGUUAUCUGUCAUAUUGCACCCAUACACUAAUGUCAAGUCAUGCAAACCAAACAGAGACAUUUUCAACCAGUAUUUGAGGUUGGGUCUUACUUCGAAAAAGAGUGAUAUUGCUAAAGUUUCAGCUAUCAAUAUGAACUCUGCUGAGCUUUCGAGAUUUUUCAGUGCACCUGAACUUGUUAAGAGAUCAGAUAUUGGUCUUUAUUUAAGAAAAUUUUCUGAAUUUGCAUCAUUGAAUUUGAUUGUCAAUGCUCUUUUGGAUUGUGUGAGAAAAGUUGAUCAAUUUACUCAAUUACCAAAAGAGUUGCCUGUUCCAUUUCCUGAAGUAGGAGAAAAGAUUUUAGGAGAUGAAAAUAUCAAUAAAGUUAUUUCAGAAAUUGUUAGUAGAUACGAGAAUUUGUUUGUUCAGAUUGAAAAUUGGGAUUUGACUAAUGUUCAUUUGGUGAAACCUUUAAUUGAUGGAACAACAUUAUCGAAAUCAUUGGGAAUGAAACCUGGCCCAUGGUUGAGACCAACUAUAGAAGAAAUACUAGUAUGGCAAUUAGAUAAUCCUCAAUCAAGUGUGGAUGAGUGCUUUGAGUUUGUAAAGUCCAUUAUUCCAAAAUACAAAUAG